AUGUCAUUACCCAGAGCGGGUCCCUCGAUCCGACCGAUAUGUCGAAGAUGUCUCUCACGUCGAUCGCUGAACCUGUCAUCGGCUUCCAUACGACAUCUGUCAACUACGAUCCCUCUUGGAAGGGCUCAAGCGAUCCGUCAGCAACCAUUCGCUGUGCCAGCAUCAUCAAUGUCAAAAGAACUUACCAUGCCCAGGAGUGAAGCGAUGCCUAGGUUACCAUUACAAUUGACCGUGGAUGAUUUUGAUGAAAAACCAUUACCUAAACCAAAACAAAUCGUAAAAGCAAUCUUACAACGAUUACCUGAAUAUAUAACUUCACCAAGAGCGAAAGAGAAACUUCAAGCAUAUGGUAUAUCAAACGAUAUAUCCAAUAAGAUAUCCAAAGAAUGGAUAAGGAAAAUGGAAGAUGAUUUGAUAGGUUGUGAAAGUGAUCAAGAAGCUACAAUAGCACUUGAAUCAGGUGGAUGGAAUACCCAAGAUUUGAUUAUCGCAAUGCAUCAAAGUAAAUUGAUGUCAUCAAUCGAGUCAUCAUCUUUAAGAAUAUACUUGAAUCAUAUACUGGAUCUCAAGAGUCAAGAUUCGAAUAUGACCAAGGAGAUAUCAAUGGAAUUAUCAAGACAUAUAAAAGGAAUUUUAGAUGUAACUGAUUUAACUAGAUUACCGUAUUCAAGCGAAUUCCUAUCAGCAAGAUCAAUGAAGAGGAAUUUUCAUCUACAUAUUGGACCUACGAAUUCAGGUAAAACAUAUAACGCAUUGAAAGCUUUAUCAAAAGCUAAAUCAGGUGCAUAUGCUGGACCAUUAAGAUUAUUAGCACAUGAAGUGUGGGAAAGAAUGAAUCUUGGUACAGUGGGUGAAUUGAAUAAUCAAGGUAGAAAAUGUAAUUUAUUAACGGGAGAAGAAAGAAGAGUUGUUGAUCCGGAUGCAGGAUUAUUGAGUUGUACAGUUGAGAUGUUACCUUUAUCAGGAUUAGGUGGAAAUGGAUUCGACGUUGUUGUCGUAGACGAAAUCCAAAUGUUGGGUGAUGAACAAAGAGGUGGUUCUUGGACAAAAUCAAUUUUAGGUAUAUCAGCAAAAGAAAUUCAUCUUUGUGGUGAUGAAACUACGUUAGAAUUGCUACACAACCUGUUAUUACCUCUAGGCGAUAAGAUAACGGUUCACAGAUAUAAUCGAUUAACUCCUUUGGAAGUGUCGGAAGAAAGCUUGAAUAAUGAUUGGGAAAAAAUUCAACCUGGAGAUUGUAUUGUUACUUUUUCAAGGUCGAAUAUAUUCGCUGUGAAGAAAAUGGUAGAAUCUACUGCUGGGAAGAAAUGCGCAGUGGUUUACGGUGCUUUACCACCUGAGACAAGAGCGGAACAAGCUAGAGAUUUCAAUGAUGAGAACGGUUUGAGUCAAGUUUUGGUGGCUUCUGAUGCGGUAGGAAUGGGCCUGAAUCUAAAAAUCAAACGGAUGAUUUUCGAAUCACUUUCCAAAUACAACGGUAAAACCGAAGUCCCACUUGCUCUCACCCAAAUCAAACAGAUCGCAGGUAGAGCAGGUCGGUACAAAACUGCCAAUGACGACACCAGUAACAUCGCUACACCUGAUGAGGCUCCUGCUACAGGUGGUUUGGUGACUACGUUACACAAAGCUGAUUUACCGAUUUUACGAGAAUUGAUGAAACGUGAUUUGCCCUCGAUACCAAGAGCCAACCUAGAAGUACCUUAUCCAAAUCUAGCUGAAUUGGCUUCAUUAUUACCUUCAAAUACAUCGUUCGGGUCAUUAUUAGAACAUUUCGCAGUAUUGGCGAAACCACCUGCUUUCACAACUUUAUCAGCUUAUGGACAUAAAUUACCUUUGGCAGAUUUGAUUGAACCUUAUAGAGACCAAUUGAGUUUACAAGAAAUCGAUUUGUUCUGCUUCGCACCUCUAAAUCUGAGAGAUGAAAGAGCUAAAGCAAUAUUCAAGAAUUUGAUUGAAGAUUUUAGUGAAAAUGGUUUAGUUGAAUUAGAGAAUAUUUUCGGUCCAUCAAGGUUAUUACAUCAAUUGGAAUUAGUUGAAGAAACUUUACGUACUUUACCGCCUCUCCCACCCAUCUUAGGUGUCGGUAGAAAACUGUUGACUCCACCCAUCAUCAUAUCGUCAAUACCGAUGUUGGAGACGUUACACAAAAGUUUGGUAUUGUAUAUAUGGUUAUCGUUUCGAUUGGAAGUUUCAUUCCCUGAUAGAAAUAAAGCUGUUGAAUAUAAAGAAAGAACUGAAUUGGUUUUGGAUCAAUGUUUGGAAAGGUUACCCGGAUUGAGACAGAGGAAACAUGCCAAAGGUGAGAGAGGUCCAGAAGUAGAUAGGGCAGUAAGAGAUUGGAGAAGAGAAAAUGUAAUGCCGAAUGGAACUAGGAAGGUCGAAGGUGUACCUAGAAAAGGUCUGACUUGGUUAGAAAGGAAUGUGGCUCAAAGAGUCAAAGAGAGAAAAGUAUGGAGGAACGUCAAAGUGAUCGGGGACGAAGGGGAGCAGAUGAAAGAGGGGCAAUAG